CCAAUUAACUAUUUCCAAGAUUUAGGAGUCCUCAGCCCUCGGCCACGCCCUUUGGGCCACCAGGAGAAAAGCUCCCCAACAACCAGGCCCAAACCUUUGGCAGUCAGCAUAAUAAAAACGGCUUGAUGAGCAGUGCAGCGCUCAGAAAACACCUGUCACUGCUGCUGCAGACACUCUUACCAGACACUGUGAUUCGAUUGUCUCCAUGAUGUGGCUAUUGAUCUUCUUAGCGUGGCUUGUUAUAUGGGCCGGUGGCACAUACUGGUACCUGUUUGGGAAAAAGAGCCCUUUCUCCCUGGAGUCCGUGAGACCCCCUGGACCUCGAGAGUUUGAUCAGAAGAAGAGGGACAAAGUCAUCAAGCAAGGUUUCAGCCUUGACAAAGUGCCCCAGAACCUGGAUGUGAUUGUCAUCGGGAGCGGUAUCGGUGGUCUGACAGCUGCAGCGACACUGGCCAAAGCAGGGAAGAGAGUCCUGCUGCUGGAGCAACAUGACCAGGCUGGAGGCUGCUGCCACACCUACAUAGAGAAAGGCUUUGAGUUUGAUGUUGGGCUUCACUACAUUGGUCAGGUCCAUGAGAACAGUCUAUUGCGCAUCGCCUUCGAUCAAAUCUCUGAGGGCCAGUUGGAAUUCCAAGAGCUAAAUCAACAUUUUGACACAAUCAUGAUAGGCCAGGGAGAGGAAAAACGGGAGUACACAAUCUUCUCGGGGAAAACUGAGAUGAAAGCCCAUCUGAUGAAGCAAUUCCCCGAUGACACAGAGGCCAUCGAGACAUUCUUCAACAUCAUGAAGGUCUCUGCUAGGAAGACUCACUACCUGGCAACUCUAAAGCUGAUCCCGCAGUGGGUGUCUUUAUUCCUGCUGAAGUCUGGCAUUGGAAACUUCCUCACCCCGGUCUUCCGCCUCUCUGGGACAUGUGCAACAGACUUGGUGAACACCCUGACCAGCAAUAAGGAUCUGCACGUCAUCUUUUCUUAUCUUUUCUAUGGCGUGCCUCCAAAGGACUCCAGUAUUCUCAUCAACGCUCUCCUGAUUCAUCACUACAAACGAGGUGCCUACUACCCUAAAGGCGGUGCCAGUGAGAUCGCCUUCCACAUCAUCCGAACCAUCCAGAAAUAUGGAGGAAACUGCCUGGUGAGAGCUCCUGUCACCGGGAUCCUGGUUAAUGACAAGGGAGCAGCUUAUGGUGUGAAAGUGAGGAAAGGUCAGGAGGAAUUGGAGGUUCAUGCUCCUGUGGUUGUUUCAAACUGUGGCGUCUUCACCACCUUCCAGAAACUUCUUCCCCCUGAGAUUCAAGUAAAGACAGGUAUUCAGGAAAGGCUGAACAUGAUGAAACAUGGCAGAGGAUCGUUCUUGGUCUUCUCCGGGUUUGAUGGGACUCAAGAGGAGUUGGGCCUCGAGUCCACCAACUUCUGGCUGUUCAAAAACAAUGACAUGGACAAAUCGAUGGAGGAAUUCUUUGCAUUGAGCCAAGAGGAAGCACCAGAUAAUAUUCCCAUGAUGUUCAUCACAAUGCCAUCUUCCAAAGACCCAGAAUCCAAAAUAAGACACCCUGGAAAGUCCUGCAUGACAAUACUGACAAUGGUCAAGUACGAAUGGUUCGAGGAAUGGAAAGACACUUCUGUACGCAAAAGGGGCGACGAAUACUACAACUACAAAAUGAGAUUUGCUAAAAACCUCUUUGACUGGGCCUGUACUUUGUUCCCCAAAAUCAAAGACAAGUUGGUUUUCCAGGACGUGGCGACCCCACUGACAAACAACCACUAUCUGGGUGCCCAGCGUGGAGCCAUGUACUCUGCUGAGCAUAACCUUGAUCGUUUCCAAGCAGAGACUGUGGCGAGGAACAGGUGCAACACCCCCGUCAAAAACCUCUACAUCUCAGGCCAAGACGUGUUCAGCUGUGGGAUAGCAGGCGCUCUGCAUGGUGGUCUCCUCUGCGCCUCUGCGGUGUUGGAUCACAUCGUCUACAUUGACUUGCUCUUCCUCAAGAAGAAGCUGAAGAGGAGGAAAGCCAGAGAGCUGACAGAGCUGGAUAAGAAGAAACUGCAGUGAGAAUGCUCUCUACUUCCCCUGCAGGACACAGGUGAAGCCGCACAAACCAGCUGCAAAAGGACCGUUGAUUUCCAAGAAGCUUAAACACCCCAGACAAAGUCUAGGAUCUAUUGUGUAUAUUCAUAUUAUUAUAAAGUAUACAGAAAUAAAUCCAGAAUAAUCAUGUGUUCCUGAUGGAUCUUUUAGUCUGGUGAUCUAUGCCAACUAGAUUGACCAGUCUUCAGCAAAUGUUUUGUAGCUUGUUACUUACCAUUCACUCUACAAGAUAGCAAAUAUUGUUUAGAGGAGAUAUACAACAACAGCUCUGAUGGAAAAGUCUGAAAUCUGUAGUACUGACUAUUUAGAAGAUCAAAAGUUCUGGUGUAAUAACUAAGACCUAGUUACAAAGAAACUGAGCAAAGAUCUAUCGUUGUUUGACUGUGUUGGUCGUGAAUUAGGGCUUAACAUGGAAUAGCAUUAUGCUAACAGGUUAACAUGGAGCACUGGAGCCAAUAAUCUUCUGCGGACAUAGAGAGGAUUUUUAUUUUAGAGGAUGGCUACAAAACAUAAUUACAGGAAGAACUGCGCUGCUAAUUUACAAUACUGCAGUGCAUUUGUAUAUAUGUCAGGGGCUGGGGAAGGUUUUGUUGGAAAGAUUGCUGGAAAAGGUAACCACAUCGUAUUUGAAAUGCUCAGAAUGCACAUAUCGUAAUAUUGUGAACUCUGCAACAUUUCAUGGGAUAUGGUAUGUUUAUUAUUUAUUACCUUCACAAUUAGUGCUGUUAAUGUGAUUGAUUGAACAUAAAGAUCAUAAGAAAGCAUUAUAUUUGAUUUUGUCUAAUUUAAUAUGUCAAAUUAUUUGUAUUUGGGCAUAUUUAACCUUUAAAUGCUCAAUAAUUAGUAUUAUUUAUGAUGCCAGCUGCUUUGAUUUCUUUGUUUUGUUUUUUUAAUGCCCAUUUUGUACAAUUUUGUUGGUAUCUAUCUUUAUAUAUUUUUGUCACAGCUUGGUUUGUUUUUGCAUUACACAAAAUGCUUAUUUGUAUUUGCUGUUCGUAAAACAUAAUUUGCAAAAUAAAAACAUUCACAAUGCCAUUCACA